CUUAAAGCUCCGCAGCCUCUCCAAUCAAAACCUCUCCUAAACCCUUUCUGGUUCUCAGUCCCUCUCUCUCUUUCUGUCUCUCUCUUAGGGUUCAGGGAAGUAGAGCAGUAGUACCAAAAAUGCCUCUUGGGGAAAGACCAGGUGACAAGAGCGAGUCUCGCUACUGCGGCGUGGUGACGGAGUUCAGCGAUGACAUGCCCAACGUCCUCGCCUUCAAUCUCACCCAUGGCUCCUUCGACUUCGUCGUCGCUACUCUGAUGGAUCCUGCUUAUCGGCCAAGCUUAAUGCAAAAGAACGGUGGUGCAUCUAGUGUUCUUCCAUUUGCUGGGUCAGACUUGGUUUUGAGCCCUGCCCAAUGGAGCAGUCAUGUUGUGGGAAAAAUUAGCUCCUGGAUUGACUUGGAUUCAGAAGACGAGAUCCUCCGAAGCGAUUCAGAAAUUACCUUGAAGCAGGAGAUAGCAUGGGCGUCUCAUUUGUCCCUGCAGGCAUGUCUUCUUCCCUCUCCGAAGGGAAAGACCUGUGCUAACUAUGCUAGGUGUGUAAAUCAGAUUUUACAGGGUCUACAAAGUAUGCAGUUGUGGCUUCGGAUUCCUUUGGUCAAGACUGAUAAUUACAUGGUUUCUGUUAACUCUGAUGAUUUGGAUGAUUCUUGGGAGACUUGGAAUUCAUUUCGUCUGCUGUGUGAACAUCACAGUCAAUUAUCAGUUGUCCUUGAUGUUUCGAGUUCACUACCUUCUACAAAUUCACUUGGACGUUGGUUUGGGGAGUCCGUCCGAGCAGCCAUAUUCUGUACUGAUUCCUUUCUAACAAAUCCACGAGGUUAUCCAUGCCUGUCAAAGCGUCACCAAAAGCUAGUGUCUGGGUUUUUCAAUCAUUCUAUGCAGAUAGUUCUAUCAGGACAAUCUGUACACAGUCUUACCAAGAUGAAUUCAGACAUAGCUGCAAAUAAUAAUGAAAACAAUGUUGAUGGUGUACAGAAACAUCCCUUGAGACCCUAUUUGGAUUAUGUUGGCUUUCUUUACCAAAGGAUGGAUCCUCUUCCUGAGCAAGAGCGGUUUGAGCUUGGUUACAGGGAUUUCUUGCAGUCACCUUUACAGCCACUCAUGGAUAAUCUAGAGGCUCAGACUUAUGAGACAUUUGAAAAGGAUACAACAAAAUACAUUCAGUACCAAAGGGCAAUUGCUAAAGCUUUACAGGACAGGGUUCCAGAUGAAAAGUCUUCUACAGUAACCACUGUAUUAAUGGUUGUUGGAGCAGGGCGUGGACCACUAGUUAGGGCGUCACUGCAGGCAGCUGAAGAAACUGGGCGCAGGCUUAAAGUCUACGCUGUGGAAAAAAAUCCAAAUGCAGUAGUUACACUUCAUAGCUUGGUUAAACUAGAGGGCUGGGAAAACAUUGUUUCCAUAAUUUCAAGCGAUAUGCGUCAUUGGGAUGCUCCUGAGAAAGCUGACAUUUUGGUUAGUGAAUUAUUGGGUUCUUUUGGUGAUAAUGAGCUGUCUCCUGAGUGUCUUGAUGGAGCCCAGAAAUUUCUGAAAGAAGAUGGAAUCUCAAUACCUUCAUCGUAUACGAGUUUCAUCCAUCCGGUGACUGCUUCAAAACUUUACAAUGAUGUUAAGGCGCAUAAAGAUGUUGCACACUUUGAAACUGCUUAUGUUGUUAAAUUGCACAACAUUGCAAGACUGGCUCCUCCUCAACCUGUGUUCACGUUCACUCAUCCAAACCGAUCAAUUGAUAAAAGCAAUAGCCGCUACACGAAGUUAAAGUUUGAAAUACCUGGUGAUACUGGGUCUGCUAUGGUUCAUGGAUUUGCUGGCUACUUUGAUUCCAUACUGUACAAAGAAGUUCAUCUUGGCAUUGAGCCAUCAACAUCAACACCAAACAUGUUUAGCUGGUUUCCCAUAUUUUUUCCAUUAAGGACACCAAUUUGUCUGCGUCCUGGUUCUUCUCUCGAAGUGCAUUUUUGGCGUUGUUGUAGUCCUACCAAGGUCUGGUAUGAAUGGGGUGUGGCAUCACCCAGCAGUUCAUCCAUUCACAACAGCAAUGGUCGUUCUUACUGGGUUGGCCUUUAGGCGAGUCUGACAUUAUUUGCAAGGAGGACGAAGACAGCGCAAAGGCUGUUAUCCAUGCCAAGUGAGCGAAGUUUUGCUUGAUCUGCCCAGAGAUGGAAACUAAUAGAUAAAUAUAUACCCCACCAGAAUUCUUGGUGGCGAGUGAAUUUGGGUGGGAGUUCCCAAAGCUGGCGAAAGCUUGCACCCGAAGUGCUAUACCUUUGUAUUCAUAAUAUAUAUCCAAUAGUUUGUGCCAUAGUAUGUUGACUAUGAUUUUGAUCAUUGUUGCUUGUAUCCAUAAAUAUAUUUCAUGUAGUAUGGUAUUUACUUGGGAAAAUUGGACCUUUGUUAGCAAAAUCUUGUCCUAUGCCUUCACCAAAUGCAACGGUGAUUGAGACUCAUA